GUGAGUUAUUUUUUCUAAGUUCUUCAAGCCUUUUCAAGGUUCAAGCUGUGACACCAUCACAAUUCUUAAUUAUUUGGUAAACUGAAUUCCUUGCUGCAGACAGGUUCUCAGUGACCCUGGUUCAUAUGCCCAUGAACCAGGGCACAUGAAUGUUUUAUCUGGACUAUUCUGAGAAAAAUCUCUGGGCACUGGUCUGAGUUUGAAACAAAAUGACUGACGCAGAACUGAUUUUAGCAGAUGGCAAUCAGAAAUUGUUUCCCUGUGAAGUCUGUGGAAGACGCUUUGCAGCAGAUGCUCUGGAAAGGCAUGGACCAAUAUGUAGGAAACUCUUCAACAAAAAGCGUAAACCUUUCAAUUCCUUAAAGCAAAGAUUACAGGGCACGGACAUUCCCACUGUGAGGAAGGCCCCUCAAACCAAGGCUCAACCUGUGAGGAAAUCUAAUUGGCGACAACAACACGAAGACUUCAUAAAUGCAAUUCGCACAGCAAAGCAGUGCACACUGGCCAUUAAAGAAGGCCGGCCGCUCCCACCUCCACCCCCUCCGUCCAUCAACCCAGAUUAUAUUCAAUGCCCAUACUGUAGGAGAAGGUUUAAUGAAACUGCUGCCAGUCGACAUAUUAAUUUCUGCAAGAACCAAUCUUCUCGCCGAGUCUUUGAUCCAGCCCAGACAGCAGCCAAAUUAGCAUCCAGAGCACAGGGUAGGCCUCAGAUGAGUCCAAAAACCGACCCAACUGUAACAAGAGCUGUGGGAACUCUGCUACAGAACAGGGCCCUGGAGGGCCCCAGUGUGGUUUCAGCUGGGUCGGCAGUGGACCCUGCUUCUGGAGCAAAACUCAGACCAGGAUUUACUAAAUCUCCUAAAAAAGAUUAACUCGUCGAGGCCAGACUGGCUCCCUGCAGCUCCUCAGCCGGGGUGACCAUCUACCCAGGAAUGCCACCUAAGGAGGAACAGCAGACAUCUGUUUAUAGACCUCUUCAGACAUCACGUACAAGUAAAAACUAGCCUCAAAUUCUCCUGUAUACACCCUACAAAAAUUUUAAAACAAAAUCAUUAAAGAACACCUCCAUAUGAAUAAUGCUUGACUUAAAAAUUC